CUACUUCCCCACUUGCUCCACCUCCUGAAUCGACUACGAAGCUCUUCCUGUGCUACCACUCCUACCUUUCGCCCUUCACCUGCUCUCCCAGUCUCAUUUCCGCCCAAGCUUCACUGGUAUCACUAUGAGCACCACACGACCUCUCUCGGCUCUCUCUUCGUACUCUGCCCAUUUCCGAGCCACCUCAACUUCAACCAUGGACGCCAGCUUCGAACUUUUGGAGCCCAUUGAAGAGGAUGGCGAAGAGGAGGACCAAGACGAUCAGACAGAGGCUCAUUCCUCGAGACACUCGCACUUGCAAUCGCACUCGGACUCGGACUCGGACCCCGCUGGGUCGUCACACAGGACUACAAGUACCUCAUCGCUUUCGAUCCAUGCCGUUUUUGAUGCUUCGACUAGCGAUGGGAUCCAAGAAGAGCUCGACGAGGAGAGGCUUCAGGAAGUCGCUGGUCGACGCUCAACCUCAUCAGGCCCCUCUCCCCUCGAGGCAUUGCUCAAUUUGAGCCCUUCUGGAAGAGACGGGCCUAACAUGUCUCCCCGGUCUACCGACUGUACCGACCUAGAAAUCCCUCCGCCUACAAAGACUGGCGCCAUCAGCCCACCUUCUGGCCUCAACGGCAUCCCAGGCAAGAUCCUCCCAGGCAACAUUACUUUUCCUUCCACCGAGCGAAACACCUCAAAAGAUCGCCCGCUCCCUGCCCCUCCCACCUCUGCUUCCACCCCUUCUCAAAGAGCCAGCAGUAACAGCAGUAGCGUCCUCCCCACCUCGACAGGUGAAAGAACUUACGACGCCAUCCUCUCUGCCAUGAGAAAGUCUGCCGAGGCGGCCAAGGUUGCGGCGGAGAAGGAGGGUAGGAUCGCUGAAGAGGCGGCUAGAAAGGCAAAGAGGGCUGCUUUGGAUGCGAGGGAGGCACUGGUCGAGGCGGCGAAUAGAGAGGGGAAGCGGGCGCUUGCUGCUGUGGAGAAGGUAAGUCGAGCAGGGCUAGCAACCGGGACAACGACUUUUACUAAUCAUCGAACUAUUCUUCGUCCCCCACUGCACAUACGUCAGGCAAAGACAUAUGCUGAACAGGCAGUCGCUCUGGAGCUUGCUGAACAGAAGAAGGCAGAGGAUGCUGCUAGAGCUGAGAUUGCGCGUCUUCAUGUGAGUGGACGUUGGAUCGAUUGUCGACCCCUUCACCAGCUGACAUAUUGUCCGCCUACUCGUCAGGCCGAGUCGAGCAAGCUCAAAGCAGCAGCCAAAGCCGCUGAAGCCGUGCUUCGCUCGCAAGCCGUGGCCGAGUACGAAGCGCAGCUGAGCCGAGCCCAACGCAAGCUCGAUUCACAGCGUCGCGCCAAAGAAGCCAAGGCUCGUCGCCAGGCCGAGAAGCGCCAGUACAAGGUCUCCCUCACCCGACGCAAAGCCAGCGCAAAAGCAGCUGCCGUAUUGGCUAUCGCUGUAGACGAGGCUUGCGAGAGGAGAAUGGAAAUGGAACGUGCAGCUUGGAAGGAGCGCUCCAGACUGCAGGAAGCCGCUCGCGCCGAGCGUCAGAGGAUCGAGCGAGAGGUGCAGCUUCGCGCAGGUAAAGUCGGGAAGGACCUUCUCAUUGAGUGGGAAAAGGAGAAGACAAACGUCCUCGUAGAGAGGAAGAGGCGAGUAUUGGAGGUCUCCAGAGAGAGGAAGACAAUCGAGCUUCAACAAGAACCGCUACUGAGGAGGAAGAAUGCCUUGGCUGCUGGACACAAGGAUGGUAUUCGACUUGAUAGGGUAGCUUAUGAUGCUGGUAGGCCUUUUUGGAAGAAUUGGCUGGUGAGUGUGGCGAAGAAAAAAGGGUGUAUGACAUUUCUCGCUGACACUAAGUUGCCACAUCGACUUCCACAGGGCCUCAAGGUAUCCCUUCCUUCUAUCAAGGCUUAGAGCGACCGUCACACAUUCCACGCCAAGCAGGACCAAUCCGCUCGACCAUACUUAUCAAACUCUGUAGCCUGCUCGUUCUACGGUACAAAAGCUUCUGGAUGAAGGCUUUUAUCGCG